UGGUGACAUGGUGCCAAAAACCAUAGCAGGGAAGAUUUUUGGUUCUAUCUGCUCACUGAGUGGUGUCUUGGUCAUUGCUCUACCCGUUCCAGUGAUUGUGUCCAACUUCAGUCGCAUCUACCACCAAAAUCAACGAGCGGACAAACGAAGGGCACAAAAGAAAGCUAGACUGGCCAGGAUCCGGGCAGCCAAAAGUGGAAGCGCAAAUGCUUACAUGCAGAGCAAACGGAAUGGUUUACUCAGUAAUCAGCUGCAGUCCUCAGAGGAUGAGCAGGCUUUUGUUAGCAAAUCCAGCUCCAGCUUUGAAACUCAGCACCACCACCUGCUUCACUGCCUGGAAAAAACCACGAAUCAUGAGUUUGUGGACGAACAAGUCUUUGAAGAAAGCUGCAUGGAAGUUACAACUGUUAAUCGUCCUUCAAGUCACAGUCCCUCACUGUCUUCACAACAAGGAGUCACCAGCACUUGCUGUUCACGAAGACACAAAAAAACUUUUCGCAUCCCCAAUGCCAACGUGUCAGGAAGCCAUCGAGGUAGUGUACAAGAACUCAGCACGAUUCAGAUCAGAUGUGUGGAGAGAACACCUCUAUCUAACAGCCGAUCCAGUUUAAAUGCCAAAAUGGAAGAGUGUGUUAAACUAAACUGUGAACAACCUUAUGUGACUACAGCAAUAAUAAGCAUCCCGACACCUCCAGUUACCACACCAGAAGGAGACGACAGGCCAGAGUCUCCUGAGUACUCAGGAGGAAAUAUUGUCAGAGUCUCCGCUUUGUAAGACAAUUGGAAUAAAGUCUAAGAGAAUUUGAACCCUGGCUAUGAAAAGAAUCUCAACAUAGAAGAAAGAAGAAACAAUAAAUAUUCCGCAGAUUAAGGCAGCAAAGCAAGAAGGUUGGUAGUGAAACAAAAACAAAGCUUCGAUUCUUAAGGAUGUGAAUAAAACCACCAAAUGGCAUUUCUAGACAGUUUGACCUGUUAUACAGAGUAAUAUUCUGUGGCCCUUUGACUUUGUGAAUGAGCACAAUGAAAUGCCACCUAUUGAUGCUUCUUAUGAUCAGAACUCUUUUUUAAUAAAAUAAAUAAAAUAAAUCUUUGAACAUAAUGUUCCAGUUGAAUGCAAAACAAAAAAAAAUAUGGAAAACAUUUUGAUAAAAUUUUUUCCUGUUAAAACCAUGAACAUUGGCUAUGAUGAAGAUUAUUACAUGUGAAAAAAAAAAAAAAACUCACAUGACAUAUUUGUAUUGACUGAAGGAAACCAUCAUAAUGCAUGCUAGAAUUCUUUGAAGCAGUGAUCUCAGUUUCCUUAUGUUGUCUUCAGAAUAGGCAUGAUAAACUAUAAUUGUAGAAAGGGGUAAUUUCUGUGCACUUACAACAAGCUGAGUGUUCAUGUUCCAUGGUGAGCUGUGCAAAUAAACUCCUUUUAGAACUGCAGUAUUUCUCAUGGGGAUGCUCAUUAGUAAAUCUAAAGUGUUCAGAUAGUUCAGUAUUAAUUAUCAUUUAACUUUGCACCUAGAUACUGUUACAACUGCAAUAAUUCAUUGUACAACUGUUGUAUCAGGAAUCAGGAUUUUUUUGUUGUACUUUCCAGAUCUUUAUAGAUACGGUAAGAGCCAUGUUCGUAGAAAAACUUUUGGUGUGGCCAGGUUUUAGGUAACUUUUUAAUCCAAAACUAUUGUGCCAUAAAUGUUUUUCAGUAAUAUUCUUUGGUCCAUUGUAUUCCUGUGACACAGUGCAUUAUCUGUUCUUGUAUUUCUAUAGCACCUUUAUAUUGGGUUUAUCAUCAUCAACAAGACUAAUGUUUACUGUAGUUUAAGUGACUUCCCUACAUUUGUAUUUCCAAAUAAAUUAUCUUGUAAGUAGAUUGUCAUCAAUCCCCUUAUCAAAAACUAGAAAAAAAGGAGUUGACCCAUAUAAAUUAUCUCUAACGUCUUUGUUGUUUAUGGAAAAGCCCAGAUCCUGGAUAUAUCACUAUGUAUUUUAUGAAAAGAAUUGACUGGGACUAAUAUCACAGGCUCAGUGAUUUCAGAAUCUUACUUGAUGUAUUAUUUAUUUUGCUUUAGAUCUUGAAUACAUUUUGAGAAUCACUGACGUGAAUUGAAAUGUAGAGAUAAACUGGAGUGCUUUAUUUGGCAAUAUUUGAUGAAGGCAUGCUUUCUACAUUAUUCAGGAAGGCAGAACGAAUUUAUCUCAAAAAGGUUCCUGUGUAUUGCAAGGUACAAUUUUCUCCAGUAAAUCAGAAGGACAGGAGUUUGAUGAUGCAAAGUUGAUCUCUGUACAUUUAAGUGAAAAGUCUUUAUAACUUUUCACCCUUAAAAUAUUUCAGCAGACAUGUCUGCACGUGACAGUGUAAAAAAAAUUUAAUGUCAAAUGCAAAGUUUUUGUUCAUUCCAAGCCACCACUGUAAGGAAUAAAGCUUAGCUUCUGUACAUGGAAAGAUUUAAUACUUAUCCCUCUAUUAGAGAUGAGAUAUUUUAAAUGCUUAUCAUAUUUUCUCAUAAAAAGGGAUUAAUCCAACCAUUUUCAAGUAAAGCCAGAAGUUUUUGAUUCCCAUUUCUAGAAUAGCUUCUAGAACAGUGCUAUGCACAUAGUAGAUCUUAAUAAACAUUUGCUGAGUGAAAGUAAGAUAAACUUAGCUAUCUCUUGGGAAGAACUGGCUUUAUUCCUAGUACAUCUUUUAAAAAGUUACUAAUCUUCCAGCAGUGCAAAUAUUAACAAUUAUAUUAACACCUGCCUCAUGCCACUUUAUGCUUCUAGAGCAAUGUCUAGUGGAACUUAUUUGAUGGCAUUUAUUGAAAACUUUUUAAAAAGUAGACUAAGAGACCGCAGUCAGGAAUACUUAUGUCUUUUGAUUCCCAAUGGAAGUUCUAUUUUCAUGUUCUUAAUAUUACAUAAAAGAAAAUGCAAUUAGAUUACUUUGAUUAACAAUUCUGCCACAUGUUUUGAUUUAUCACUUAUCCAAAAUUAUUGAUUUUAUUAGGCUUUUGGAAAAGAAAAAAACCUUUUUUGAUGUUUUAGGUGAUUUAAAAAUAUACUGUGUUGGUGGUGAAUGACUAUUGAUGACUGUGUUAAGUGCAUCUGUAUUGUAAGUGAAAUGUAAUUAUUUCUGUGUACCAUAUGGAGUAACUAAGGUCAUUGUUUUUGACAAUUUUGUUCGAAAUUCAUAUAUCUUAUUUCAAAGGAUAGCAUAAUACCUGCAUUAUGCUGGAAAAAAUAGACCUUUGGAGAAUACUUAAAUAAAACAUGUGCAUGCUUGAACAGGAGAAAA